CCGCGGGCCGGGCGGGCGCAGCGCGGCGGAGGCCGGAGGAGCCGAGCCGGAGCCGGAGCCCGAGCGCGGCCGCCGCCCGCCGGGCCUCCCCUCGCCGCGGCCGGCCGCCGCGCUCCCGCCCGGGCACCCAGCUAUGUACUCCCCGUACUGCCUCACCCAGGAUGAGUUCCACCCGUUCAUCGAGGCGCUGCUGCCUCACGUCCGCGCCUUCUCCUACACCUGGUUCAACCUGCAGGCGCGGAAGCGCAAGUACUUCAAGAAGCACGAGAAGCGGAUGUCGAAGGACGAGGAGCGGGCGGUGAAGGACGAGCUGCUGGGCGAGAAGCCCGAGAUCAAGCAGAAGUGGGCAUCCCGGCUGCUGGCCAAGCUGCGCAAAGACAUCCGGCCCGAGUUCCGAGAGGACUUUGUGCUGACCAUCACGGGCAAGAAGCCCCCCUGCUGCGUGCUCUCCAACCCCGACCAGAAGGGCAAGAUCCGGCGGAUUGACUGCCUUCGCCAGGCCGACAAGGUGUGGCGGCUGGACCUGGUCAUGGUGAUUUUGUUUAAGGGGAUCCCCCUGGAAAGUACUGACGGGGAGCGGCUCUACAAGUCGCCCCAGUGCUCUAACCCCGGCCUGUGCGUGCAGCCACAUCACAUUGGAGUCACAAUCAAAGAACUGGAUCUUUAUCUGGCUUACUUUGUCCACACUCCGGAAUCCGGACAAUCAGAUAGUUCAAACCAGCAAGGAGAUGCGGACAUCAAACCACUGCCCAACGGGCACUUAAGUUUCCAGGACUGUUUUGUGACUUCCGGGGUCUGGAAUGUGACGGAGCUGGUGAGAGUAUCCCAGACUCCUGUUGCAACAGCAUCAGGGCCCAACUUCUCCUUGGCAGACCUGGAGAGUCCCAGCUACUACAACAUAAACCAGGUGACCCUGGGGCGGCGGUCCAUCACCUCCCCUCCUUCCACCAGCACCACCAAGCGCCCCAAGUCCAUCGAUGACAGCGAGAUGGAGAGCCCUGUCGACGACGUCUUCUACCCUGGCACAGGCCGCUCCCCAGCAGCUGGCAGCAGCCAGUCCAGCGGGUGGCCCAACGAUGUGGAUGCAGGCCCGGCUUCUCUAAAGAAGUCAGGAAAGCUGGACUUCUGCAGUGCCCUCUCCUCUCAGGGCAGCUCCCCGCGCAUGGCUUUCACUCACCACCCGCUGCCUGUGCUUGCUGGAGUCAGACCAGGGAGCCCACGGGCCACAGCAUCAGCGCUGCACUUCCCCUCCACAUCCAUCAUCCAGCAGUCGAGCCCGUACUUCACGCACCCAACCAUCCGCUACCACCACCACCAUGGGCAGGACUCGCUGAAGGAGUUUGUGCAGUUUGUGUGCUCGGAUGGCUCGGGCCAGGCCACCGGACAGCCCAACGGUAGCGGCCAGGGCAAAGUCCCGGGGUCAUUUUUGCUACCACCGCCGCCUCCAGUGGCCAGACCUGUGCCCCUUCCUAUGCCUGAUUCCAAAUCCACCAGCACUGCCCCAGACGGCGCCGCCUUGACUCCUCCAUCACCUUCAUUCGCAACGACAGGCGCCUCCUCUGCCAACCGGUUUGUCAGCAUCGGACCCCGGGACGGCAACUUUCUGAACAUCCCACAGCAGUCUCAGUCCUGGUUCCUCUGAUAAGAUCGACAAAAGAAAUGACAAAAUGAAAAGAAGAGGUUCCUCAAACGGGGGGAGAAGAAAUUUUGAGACGUGGAAAAAUCCCCCAGCCCAGCCCAGCCCCACCGAAAAGCAAAAAUUAGAUGUCGUCAGCCACUCAGCCCUUCUCUCCUCCAGCCCUGGGACCCCUGCAGGCCCCCAGAAGCAGCUCAGUUCUCAGAGAGCCUCAGAAGAGGCCUCGGAGGAGCUGUGCACCAGCAGCCAAGCAGAAAGAAACAUGCAAAACGGACUCUGUCAAGUAGAGGACAGAAAGAAAGGAUGCAGAACUGCCUUCCUCCCUCCACAUCCCGUCCCGGCCUUCUGGGGAAGGAGCAAAAUCCCCAAACAAAGCAACCAGCACAAUUCUGAAGGGGCCUGUCCCCCACCCUCACCCUUCCUAGGGGAAUCCCACCCUCGCUCUACUAGGGCCUGGAGCUUCACUAGGGAGCUCAGAGGACCAGCUUGCAAAGAUGAUGGGGUGCAUAUCCAGAGGGCUGUCCCCUCCAGGCUCCACCCCCUCCCUCCCUCACUGCCUUUGCCUCUGGGUUCUUCCCCCAGCUGCUCUGGAGCGGGUGAGGCAGGGUAGCCUCGAGGUCCCCCUGCCCCACCCUCGGGCAGAAGCACCCCUGGCUGGGCAGGGGGCAUCUCCUGGAGCUAGUUUCAUGCUCCCCAAAUGGAGGGUGUUCUGCCACCCCACCCUGAGCUGCAGGGGCAGUUCCCCGGGCCCCAAACCCUGCUGUACAGUCCAUAGGAAAAAGUUGGAAUGCUCUCGACGGCCCAUCCCAGCCUGGGACAGGUCCCCUCUUCCCUCUCUCCCAAGGCAGGCCAGGAAGGUCACCUUCCUGACGUGCCACAAGUGAGGGGAGGUGGGCCCCAGGUCGCCCCCACACCCCAGCCCCGCAUGUAGGUGCCCUCGCUCCGCCCCAUUGGUCCCUGCCCCUGCCCCUCACACAGACAGCCCUGCUGUGGCCGGGCCGGAGAGUGGAGCAGAACGGGGACCCCGGAGUCGAGCGAGGAGGACGAGGCAGCUGCCGCUGCCAUCGGCUAAACCUCCACCUGCGCUAGGUAGGCGUCCUACUCGCCGACUUUCAGUUCCUUUGGAGGGUGUUGGGUGUUGUCCUUUUUCAAAAGUGUUUUGGAGCUUUCUCUGCCCCCCUCCUUUCCCCACCACACCACCCCCAUGGCCACUUCUCUCUGGAUUUCAGCUGUAAUGUCUUCUCUUUAUUUAGGGGUGGGGCAUUCAUUGUUUCGGUCUUUUGCUGUUGCAAUUGGAAACUCUUCCAUUUGAGCAACUUGGAAACAAUUUGAUAACACACCACAAGAAGUAGCUCUCCCCCCACCCCCACCCCCACCGCAGCCCCCUCCUCCCCCAAGGGAUGGUUGGGGGCCUGUCCAGAGGGUCUUCAGAAGCCCCCCUGGGAGGGAGGGGAGCAAUAGCACGCCCAGCCCCCCUCCAGGGUGUGACUUGGCCCCUCUGGCUUGUCUUUCUGUGCCUUACUCCCUCCUCCCUGCAUCUCCCUCCUUGGCCCCCUUUUGGAGUCCUUGUGCCUCUCUCUCUCUCUCUCUCUCUUUCUCCUUAACUGUAUGAAAACACAAAGCACAGGUCAGGAUCCUCUGAAAGUCAAUCAACCCAACAUUGCACCACAUAGGGGUGGGUUACGGGCUUUAUUUAUUGUGAAUCUAGUUUGUGAGGCUGUGGCCCCAAGCAAAGGGAGGGAAGAAGGGGAGUGGGGUGGCUGGGGAGGAGAGAAGGGCCCUUACCUGGGGCAAAAGGGGCCAGCGAGUGGUGCCUUCUCCCCAGCUGGAAGCCCCAAGGUGGCUGGCCCCGGGGGUGGCUUUUGUUGGAAGUUGAGCGUAGCCCCUCCCUCAUCUGCGUGCAGCCCUCGGGGAGAACCGGGUCUAAGAAGCAGGGGAUGGGGGAGCCCGCGGGAGCCUGGGGGUCGUGGGGAGUAGGGGGGUGGGGGUGGGGGGCCGGGUGGGCCGGGCGUCACGCGCGGUCGAAGUGCAAUGAUUUUUCAGUUUGGUUGGCUAAACAGGGUCAGAGCUGAGAGGGGAGCAGAAGGGAUCCCUGUCCCCCUGCCCGGCCGCACACGCCCCUUCCCUCGAAGACAAUCGGGGCCGCGGUUGCCGUGGGCCCUUGGGGGCAGGGGUCUGCGGGGCGCCCGCCCAGGCGAGGUCGGAAGCUGCAGGCCAGCUGGGCCGGGGCGGGAGCGCGCCCUGCACGGCUGCCCGGGUGGGCACGGGGGUGGGGUCCGCUCCUUUCCUAAGUGUCGUUGUGAGGGGCAGGCGAGGGGCGACAAGGGCGACAGGAGAUGUGGGGACGUAUUAGAAGAGAAAAAACCCACAAAAAAUAUAUAUGGGGGAAAUGAACUUUUUUUUUUUUCAUUGAACCAAGUGCAAUGCAUCAGAGAGUUUUCCUAUCUUUGUAUGUUAAGAGAUUAAGAAAAAAAAUUCUAUUUUUGUUGUAAUGUCCUCGCGGCUCUGGGGACGCUAAAGAACCGGGCCUGCCCUGCCCUGCGCGGGGAUAACGAAAGCUGAGUGUUUUUUCUUUUCUUUCUUUUUUUUUUUUUUUGUUCGUUUUCAGUUUUUUUUUUUUUUAAGUCGUUUUCCUGCGUUGACGAGGAUGAUCUGGGGUUUUUAUUUGUUUCGUCGUUCGUUCUCGGUUUCGGUGGGAGGGCUGAAGGAAACGUUCACAUUUUAGAAUUAAAAAAAAAAAAACCUCGACAUUACAAAAUCAACCCAAGAUCAAAAAGGAAAAGGACGAGAGAAAAUUAUUUUAAAGAUAAUUCAACAUAAAAACCCUGGUGCUUCUUACAUUAUAAAGUACGUUUUAAAAAACCCACAAACUAUUAUACAUAAGUUUAUGAAUCAAUUAAAUAUCCUGCACUUGUUAGGAACACGCAUAUCCCUUCUUUGUUGAGUUUAACGGAACGGGACAGCGGCGUGCGCCCGGCGGCGGGCUGCUCUGGCCGCGGGUCUCCCCGGGCGCCCCCUCCCCGGGGCCCAGCGCCCUCUCCUCGCCCCAUCCCCGUCCGGGCCCGGGGGCGCGGCGGCGGGUCCCCAGCCCCUCCCCCGCAGAGGUCAAUGCCAACGAACAAACGUCCCCUCCCUCCCUCUCCGCCCCGAGCGUCCUUCUUUGAGCCAGACGCCAACUUGACCCUCACCAGCAUUAUCAGGAGCGCGCUCAGCAAGUUGGUAGUUUCUUACCCACCCACCCCCCUUACCCGGCGCCCGCGACUCAACAUCACUCCUCCCACCCCCACCCCCGUUACCCUCCGGGGAGCACGGGGAAGGCUCGACGCUCCAGGACAGGACCAGCCAAGCUGACAGGUCGAUUCGCCCAGGCCCGCGCACGCACGCACGCACGCACACGGCCCCGCACACAGCCCCAUCCUACCCUGCAACCAACCCCGUCGACUGCCUUACACACCCGCCCCCGCGCUGGCCGGCCGACCUAGUGCCUUGUUCUCACCCCCGUGCUGGCGGAGCGGACGCCGCGCUCUGGGUCCCAGAGGGGCCGGGUGGCUCAGACGACCCACCACUUCCCCACCCCGACCGUGCUGAACGGACCCCCCCAUACACACGAGAGAAAAUAAAGGAGCAAUAAAGUCACGAGAACUUUCGUCCCCCAAUCGAGAGCCCGAGGGGCACCCCAGCCCCGCCUCUGCUCCCCCCCACCCUCGGGGCGCCCCCCUCCCCCCGCAAGCCAGCCUGGGCCAGCCCCGCUUCGGCCCCGGGAGAUCCGUGCGCCCGACCAGCACCAGCAUCGCGGACCGCAAAGGCCGCCCGUCCCGUCAAACAAGUUUCUUCUUAGGCUAAGAAACGCAGUAUAUACGAGUAUCUCUAUAUAUAGUACUAAUGGAUUUGGUGUGCUUCCCCCUUAGCGUCCCCGUCCCUCCGCUCCUCUUCCUUCGGCCUGGUCUCCCCCUCUCUGCCCUCCACCCCCGUCUCUGCACUGAGAUACAUAAGAAACAAGGGUAGUUUACUGUCUGUUUUGUUUUCUGGGUUUUCAGUGUCCUAGCGGAAUGCAAGUAGGCAGCCAGCCCGUACGUUCCCUCUCCGCCCCGCCCCACCCCACCCCGCCCCCGUCACUGCGCUUCUGUUAUACCAUCUUUGCCUGACUCUCUCCGGCUUCUCCAUUGAAUGGCUAAUGUGUAUGUGAAAUAAAGAAAUAAAGAAAAACAAA